AUUUUUAAUCCUCCUGCCUCAGCCUCUGAGCUGCUGGGAUUACACAGCACUGCUUCUUGCUUAGCUGGGUUUUUAAAUUUUUUUUUUCAGUUCUCAUCUCACUCUGAGGUAUUUUACUAAUUUAUUUGCUUGCUAGGAGCAAUGGUGCAUACCAGUAAUCUCAGCGAUUAGGGAAGCUGAGGCAGGAGAUUCACAAGUUUGAGGAGAAGUUUAGCAAGACACUGUCUCAAAGUUAAAAAAAAAAAUGUUUAAAGGAUCUUGGGAUGUGGCUUUCAGGUAGAGUGCCCCUGGGCUCAAUCACCAUUACCAUAAAAAACAAACAACAAAAAACACAUACUUAUUUGCUUUGUGGGAAAGCAGUAUUGCAUUGAUUUACAAAGAAGAAAUUAUCUAAACUCUGUUCAGGAGGGUUGAGACCAAAAAAUUAACUGUAAUACUCAGUUUCAACUCUGCAGGAACAUUUUUUGCUGCUGGAGUGAAUGUGAGAGUUUAUGAUCUGUUAUAUGGAGUCUUAUGAACUGAGAGCAGGUGAAUGUGGUCAGCCCAAGGAAACCAUGGAUUCAUUUGAGAAAGAGACAAUCAUAAGAAAUGAAUUUUAAUGUCUGGAACAUCAAAGAGAUGCUCAGUAUUCCUUCAGGCCCAGGGACCACUAAGUCAUCUAACUGGAAUAAUAAUCAGACUGAUUAUACUGCUCUCAGUGAUUCUCAGUUCCUCUUUGGAUCUCAGUUUUGUCCAGAAAAUUCAGAGACCCUGUCAGCACCCUUGGAUUUCAGUGCCCACUUGAGACAUUCAAAACAGUCACAACAGAAUUCUCUGGAUAGUGAACCUAGUAUUUUCACAAAGUACCAGACAAAACCCCAGCUCUUUGCAGGAGAUACAAAAGAUAUAGGCCUAUUUUCUCUUCCUUUGCCAGUUGGAAAGUCAAAAGGUCUUUUGACACAGUUUGAGGAGAAAAACAAAAGGACAAAAGAUCAAUGUGACAGUGAGACUCUAUACAACUUUGUUUCCCAGGUCAGAGAAAGCAUUCAUAGGUUGCAGAUGUCUGUGGAAAAGUCUGAGGAACAUCUCAGUUCAAGAAGCCAAUCUAUUUUGGAUUCUUUGGAGAAUAUGGCUAAGACAUUGCAAGAUACUACACGGUCCCAGAGUGACCUAAUAUUUGAGGCAGUGCAAGAGAAAAUCAAUGUGGAGCAAGCUAUUCUUGAGAUACAGAAGAAAUUUGAAACUAGUCAAGCAGAGUUUAUAGAAAUGAAAUCCAACCUGGAGAACCUGGAAGUUUUAGUUGCCCAGCAGAGUAAGGACUUCCAGCAACUGUGUGAACAGCUAGACCAGCUGAAGGUGCCCAGUGUCCUAGCAGAACUGAAGAGAUUGAUCUUGGUGCCUCAGAUACCUGAGCAUGUGAAAGACAACACUUCUCAGACUUCACCAAGUCUGACCCAGAGCCUCAAUUUUACCAGGCAGGAAAAAUAUGCCUCUGAGGAGCUGGUUAUGUGGCAGGCCCAGGCUCACACUGCUGCAGGAAACCCAAGUACAGGCUCCUUAGUGACAAGGGAAUUUGGUAUCAUGGGUGAGGGAACAAAGGGUGAUGCUCUCCAGAAAGAGGUUGCACUGCCAGCCCUUUGGCCUUGUAAAGGAAAUGAGCAUGUAAAGGACAAGUCAGUACAGACUAAUUGCCAAAAUUGGGCAAUUACUAAAGCAGAUUCUAAGAACCAUGGCUCCAGAAUCCCAGGCCAUAAAGUUCUUGGUGACAGUGACCUGCUUUACCAAGGAAAUUCACAGCUCAUAUCCCUGGAUUUACACAACUUUGCAAUGAGCAUUAAGAAUCUCUGCCCAGAAUAUCAAGCAAAAAGCAUAUUCUCUUGUGCCCCUAGUGAACAGUUGGAAACUGAACAGAAAGGCAGGACUGUAGAAAGAGGGAGGAAAUGCAAAAGGCAGCCGACCAGGAAAACCCAGAGAGGCAGGUUUGCAAGGAAGAGAGAACAAACCCCAAGUAAGACCUGUAUUUUCAAUUAUAAAUAUCAGAAUCCCCAGUCUCCAGUUUCUGAUGAACGAAUUCCCCCUACGGAGCAGCAGGAACCCCUUGCUCAGCCUCUGCAUCUGCGGGGUCCCAGAAGCUCCACAAAAUCAGUCUGCCAUGUUCUGGGAGGAACUGUCAAGUCCAGUAAAAUAGCACCAGCAGUGCAAGAGAGCCUCUCAAAGUUUCCUGAAUGUUCUUCCCAAAACAAAGAUCUGCAUUCCAGUAGCUCCCAGGGGGACCACCAAAUGCGCUGGUUCAGUGACCUCAAUCUUGGAAAUUCAGAGUCUCCUCCAUGCAAGGAAACAGGGAAGAAUUUGCUCUAUGACCUGGGUUUUGAUAGCAGUGAUGAUGACUUCUGACCAUCCAACAGUGACUUCAGUUGGUUUAUUGAGCUCAGGUAGAAAGACAAAUUGGAGAAUUCUUGACUGGUUGAUAGAGUGAGAGGCCUUGCUAGGAAGGGCUCAGUGGGAGGCAGGGGUAGGAUCAACUCUCUGGGUAUCAGAUUUUGCCUAUGACAAGGGCAUAACAGACAAAUGCAUCCUUAAUUAUUGGAAUGAAAUGUAGAGACAGUGGUCUCCAGUGGUGAUAAAUAUGAAACAACAGCCUGGUGGUGGGGGCAUUGGGAGAGAGGGUACUUGGUGAAAGUGGGGAGAGCUUCCUUGAAUAUUGUGUAGCAGAGGAGCACUCAUGAAACUGGUACUGUGGCAACAUGACUCCCAAACAUCAUAUUUAUCAUCUUCAAAAUAUUGCCUGCACAUGAUCAAUACCUUUCCAGACCUUGGGAUUUUUUUCUAUCUUGAUCUAGUUAUAUUAGAAUUUUCAUUGUUUAACCAGUGGGCAUAUUAUAUAGGACACACUAAGUCAGUCUUCUGCUGAACAGUAUUAAGGCUGCCAAUGAAAGAGAGGUAAUAUGCACAAAACUACUGUUUAGAGCACUAUAGUUCUAAGCCACAUACAUAAGAUUUUCUUCCGUGUUUCUUUUGUAAUAAAAAAAUAUAAAACCUUUAAAAAGUAUGUAUUUUUUUCAUUAAGUUUAUUGAACUGACCCCCUAGUUCAAUUUUUUCUAAAAUUUAAGAAAACAAAUUGACAAGAUACCAUAUUUUUAUUUUCUAAGGCUCUCAUAGAUGAUUUGAAUAAACAACACCCCAUUCAAACUGGUUUUUUAUCCUAUUUUCUAAGAAAGUGAAAAUCCUCAUGGGAUGAAAAAUUUCAAGGAUUUGUCCAUUUCCAAUACAACUCAGUGGCCUCAGUGUAAAUGACACUAACCUUAAACCCUAACCCUAACCCAGUGACACCAGAGCCACUAGGUUGCAGACUGAGUUGCCAAAAGACUGUUUCAGAAAGCAGUCAUUCUUGAUUUUUUUAUUCUUUAUUUUCAGGGAGGUGUGUCCCAUAAAAAUUUGGAGGAGUUGAGUUUGCCUGUGACAGACACCCUUGGCAUGGGUGUCAGACACCAGCCUAAGCUGUUCUCACUCUCAUUUUCAGACCAAGGGCCUCCUGUGGUCUGUACUGGGACCCAUGGUCAAUCACAGUAAUUUUCUGAGGCCAAGAAGUUCAGGUAUGGGUUCUGCCUCAACUGCCCUGGCCUCUUCUUCUUGUGGGCUACAUUGGCUGUCUGCUCACCCGCCCUCUGUGGAUUCCAUUGCCUCCCCUGAUGAUUUUCAUUACUAGUGCAAAGAAAGUAUGGGAGGAAGAAGUCCAGCCACACCAAGUUUCAUCAAUUCCCAGAGUGACUACAGGUGCCUAUUAAGUGUUAAGAGGGCCCUAUACUCUAAAUUGAACAGUUUAAUAUAUAUAGUCAUUUUAAUUCAAAGUUGAGACCCUAAUGAGAGAACACCAUCAGUAUUUUUUACUGUGGUCCUUCUGCCCCCACCCAGUACUGCAAAUUGGACCCAGGUGUUCUCUACUACUGAGCUACAUCCCCAGCCUUUUGUAUUUUUUUAGACUGUCUUGCUAAAUUGCCAAAAUUGGCCUUCAAAUUUGCAAUCCUGCCUUAGUCUCUGCAGUAGCUGGGAUUACAGGCCUGUCACCAUGCCCAGCAACAGUGGCCUUCUUGAAGGGUCUAAUUUGAGAAUGCCAAAGGAUACUCUAUUCUUUGAUUCUGCUAUGAGUUAUGAUACUCUGUAUUUCUUCAGAAGUAUUUCACUUGGUGUAAUGAAGUCAAAGUUCGGAGUGAUUCAGUUUUCCACAAGUUAGGUGUUUUUGUAGGAUGAGCAAUAAACUUAUAUCCUAACAAAGCUAGGUUAAUUAAAAUUACACUGUUUAUCUUUGCUGAUCAUCAGGAAAGGAUAUUCUGUUUCUUAAUUUUAUUCCUAAGGCCUUUUUUUCUUCUUAAUUAACUUCUGUGAUUCCUGCCAGACUUGGUGAGCGUGACACAGCCCAGGCAUGUCCCUGGAGCAUGCAUCGUUUUUGGCUCUUCAUAUGCUUCUAGCUACAUAGGUGGAGGUGGUAGGUGGGUGGUCUAUGGGCCAGAGCCUGAGAGCCUCCCACAGGCUCCUCCCUCUGUUACAACUGCAUGUACAACCAAGAGUGAAAAUGAAGCUAACUGCAUCACCUGAUUGACAUUCCAGGAUCAAUUUAAAUGUCAUCUACAGAAAAGCUGUUCAUGUCCUCCCUACUCACCUCCCAUUACACUGUUUUGUCUGUGUGCCAUCUGAAAUUAUAUGUUAAUUUGCGUAUUUGUUUCAUUUGCCUUGCACAAAAAUAUUAACUCCAAAAGAGCAGUAUCUUCCCUGUCCCUACUGUGUCCCCAGUAUUCAGGAGAGUGCCUGACACUAGUACACACUUAAUAAGUACUUAUGCAAACAGUUCCUUGAAAAGUACAGCCUUUCUAUAGCAUUUGUUUGCAGUUCCCCUUUUCUGUGUUUUUGUCUGUUUUUGGUGCCAAGGAUUGAACUCAGGGGCACUUGACCAUUGAGCUGCAUCCCCAGCUCUUAUUGAUUUGCUUAGGGCCUUGCUAAGUUUCUGAGGCUGUUUGAACUCAUGAUCCUCUGCCUCAGCCUCCCUAGUUGCUGGGAUUACAGGCAUGCACCACCACGCCCAGCGUUUGUUUGCCUCUGGAAGCUUCCAAAGGGCUCCUGAUGAGGGGUCUUCUGCAAGAUGUCCAUUUCUGUCUCCUAAUAACUUCUCUCACCCAAAUAUCCAGAAUACAAUGGCUUCCCUGCCCUCAAAAAUAUUAGUGAACUGAGUCCUACAAAGUUUGGGUAGUUUUGAAAUUUCUUUAUACCAGGCCUUAGGCCAAAAUUCUUGAUCAAAUCAGGCAUUUUCCAGACAGCCUAGGACAGAGUCCUUCCACACUAGGGUUGGGAUCCAUUGUCAGAUUUCCUGAGUAAAAUUUUGUUCCUUCUGUAAAUAUUUAGCUAGAACCUAAAUAUUAAUGUUCUCCCACCAAUUCCAAGGAGAAAGCAAACUGCCAGAACCUGAAAUGGUCUCAGGAUGACACAACACAGCCUUUUCAAUAAUUAUCUAUGAUCAGGUGCACUGGCUUCCCAAGCAUCCCCUUCUUUGCAUGACUCUUUGUUUUUUGCUACCAUAUUAAGCAUCUUGUAACUCAGAGCAGUAUCAUUCUGACAGGUGCCUAGCCAUUUCAGGUGAGAUUGACCUGAGUUAGGCCCCUUUUGCAAAUCCUCUUCAUCAGUCUUUCUGGAAUGUUAGCGGCUCACAAGUCCACUGGCAGCAGGAUGGUGUUGCUGUUCUAUUGGUUUAUUCCAGGGUACAAAGAUAAAGGAUAGGCCCCCAUACUGUCUGCUCUCCUGACCCCUUUGGAAUCUUCUCUGGGAUUGAAAGGGUCCAGGAGAAUGCCACCAAGCCAGGGCAGGUUGGCCAUUCUCCAACUGAGGGGAGCAGGAGGCAGCGCAAGAGGAAUCCUAACUCGGAGAUGAGAAUAUAGAUUCCAGUGCCCAGUAGUGCCAUCUCUCUAGCAUACAGAAAAAGGCAUGCUAAAAGUGUCCUGGUGCUUACCUGGCAAGAGUUCUGAGUCUAGAACAGAUCCAUGUGCCAUUUGGAUAGGAUGAGGUCAAGGUUAUAGUUUCUAGCUCUCAACUGUCUCUCUCUGCCUCUACUGGACUUCAUUCUUAUUCCUGUCCUUGUUCUCUUUCCUUGUUGUGUCAUUUCUCCUCAGCCUUCCCCUCCAGCCCUUCAGCUUUUCCUUUCUAGGAGCCUCUACAGACGAACUCCUACCUUAAGUAUUUACUUGUUUACAAAUUUUAUCAAUCUGCUUAUAAUAAAGUUGGUUUUUAGUGACUUUGA